CUGAGUGAGUGCCUGCGAACUGUGAACCGUUCACUCCCAUAAAGCUCUCCCACACGUAGCUGCUGUGGGAUUGGGGCCGACAGCAAGUUCCGUUUUCUUUUUUUUAAAGUGGUAUUUCUGCAGACUGGAUAAACUUGUUUCCACCCCGAUAUGCUUGUAAACGGGAUAAUAACGACUGUCUAAUUGCAGCGGAAUGAAACUUUAAUACAUGAGGGCUGAUCUGAAAGAGUCUGUACAACUUUAUCCUGCGCAGUCCAAACACAACACGGAGGAGGAUCGGAAUUUACCGGUGACAAGUCUGAGAGUGAAAAGAGGAAAAAGAAGAGGAUCCACUCGCAGGAGAUUGCUUAUUUUAAGUCACAAGGAAAAGAAAUCGAGAUUUAACGCGUUUGGUGGUGGAUGAGAAGAUCUCCGGUGAAGAGACAGACCAAACUUUCCCCGCUCCUGCUUUGACUUCUGCUUGAAGAACAACUUCGACCAUGGCGAAAAAGUAUGAUUUCCUUUUCAAACUGUUACUCAUCGGGGACAGCGGAGUGGGAAAAACGUGUCUGAUCAUUCGUUUUGCUGAGGACAAUUUCAACUCUACGUACAUUUCCACCAUCGGAAUCGACUUUAAAGUAAAAACCAUUGAAGUGGGUGGAAAGAAAGUGAAACUGCAAGUCUGGGACACAGCAGGGCAAGAGAGAUUCAAGACCAUUACAACAGCCUACUACAGAGGAGCCAUGGGCAUCAUCCUGGUGUACGACAUCACUGACGAGAAGUCCUUUGAAAACAUUCAGAACUGGAUGAAGAGCAUCAGAGAAAAUGCAUCAGCUGGGGUCAGUCGGAUGUUACUAGGUAAUAAGUGUGAUAUUGAGACAAAGCGGAAAGUUUCCAAGGAGACAGGAGAAAAGCUGGCCAAAGAUCACGGCAUCAGGUUCUUUGAGACCAGUGCGAAGUCCAGCAUUAAUGUCGAGGAGUCUUUUCUGGCUUUGGCACGAGACAUACUACAACAAUCCAGCAAGAAGCCAGGCCCCGGAGGUCAACAGGUGAAAAUCACCAGCAGCACAGAGAAAAAAUCCUCCAAGUGCAUUCUUCUCUAGACAUGAUUUCACUAGUGUAUGGAAGAAAGAACAUAGAAACUUAGGAGCGCCUGUGUUGACAAGGAAAAAUGUGGCAGGGUUUGCAAAUAUCAACGACAGAGAGGUGCUAAAGCUCUGUUAAAUUACACUAUACUCCCUUUAUAAGUUCUUCCACAAGAAUUCUGCUGUCUCCAAAAUAAUAUAUGGAUAAAGCAGCCCCAGUUUUUCAGACUGAACAUAUCCUUUAUGUGACAUCUACUGCGAUAAACAUGAUUCCACAAAAAGUUGGAGUCUGACUCCCAGACCUUUAAAAAAAAAAAAAAAAAAAAAAAAAAGGUCCCCACCAUGGCACACAUUGCUGUCACUGACCGUAUAUCUUUCUCGCUUACGUUAUCGUUCCUACAACAGCACACCAGCACUUAAAAGAACUGCAGCUGUCUCUUAAUGCUACCAUUUCAUUCAUUUCUAAUGUGUGAGCAUGUGCAGGAGUAGCUUUAUGGAGCUCAGUUGGCCGUAAAACACUAAUGUGGUCUGUUUUGAUUCACAUGAUGGACACAGGGUUUUAUUUAGAGUUCAAGUGGUCAUAAGCAUCUGAGAAAUUGAGGUUUAAAUACUACAGGGGAAUUCAAAUUUAUUAAAGAGGACCUAUUAUGCAAAUUUCCAAAUUCAUAUUUUUUAGUCUUGGUCUCUGCUAAAGUAGCUUUACAUGAUUCACACCUUUUUUUAAUGUGUGACCUUUGUGCAGACCUUCCCUUGAAGCCACAUUAGCUGCCCACUGCAAACAAAAGACUUGAACCGCAGGUUGGUGGGGCUACUGUGCUUACAGAGAUAUCUGUGUCCAAGUCAACCACAUAAGGAAUAUGUGGGCUCUGACAUGUAUAAAACUGAGUUUUUGGCUCACAUGAAUUGCAAAAACAGUGACCUCAUUAUUAUAAGUUUUGGCAUUAGCACAGUGGCAUAUGCAUAACAAAAAGGAAAAGCAUGAUAGGUCUGCUUUAAGUUCUAAAGGAUAAAAUGACCAGAAUUGUUAGAGCGAAGGUAAAAACAUGACGUACACAUUAAUGAUGAAACAAGUUGGUCGCUGGACUUGAAUGUGAAACAAGUUCUGUGUAAAACAACGCCUUGUUUUAAUAGAUGAAUGGAUUGAGAAUGUGGAUAUAGAUAUUAGAUAUGGACAGUGAUAAGUGCAAUAUGAGAAGAUGAGUGGAGAGAUGGGAAAAAAAAGAUGGAUUAAGCAAGUGAAUGGGCAGGAUGUAAAAGCCUAGGAAGCAGCAGCGUGUUCAUGUGUCCCUCAUAGCGAAUUGAUUUAGUGGGUCUUGCCUUUUAUCUGAAGUGCCUGGGAAAGCUCUUACUAAACGCUACCACAUAUUAGCGACAUCUGACAUGGCAGCCUCUCUGUUCAGGCAGUUUGAUGAUCGUUCAAAAUAACCGAUUGCAGGUCUUCAUCUGAUUCUGACAGAUCUUUUUUUUUCUCUACACACACGCUCUAAAUUUCUGUUUUCUUUUGUAAUUUCCUCCACAUUGUUAGUUUUCUUACACCUGCCAGAUUGUAUGCAUGACCUGACGCUUGAUGAAUAAAAUUGCAAAACUAUAAA